UUCGUCCUCUUUUAGAGUUUUAGGAAUACACCAAUGGGUGGGCACUUCCAGGAUACCCACAGAUUAUGCUUUUCUUUAAAGAGACACUCAUGCUCUGCAAAACAAGUUACCACCCAAAACGCACUUAGCGCUUAGCACACAACCGUUGAUGUUUCACAGAACAUGCAGCAGACAAGAGGACUUUAAACCGGCCAGCAAGGGUCAACUCUGGCCAGCAGGUGGAAGUCUAGGUCUUUUCUUGGAAACCUACAACAACAAUGGUGUCCUCUAAACUCUCAUGUUGCAACACAACAUAGAUUUAAUAAUCCACAUACUCCAAUAGUACAACACUUUAUCAAACAUGGAUGCAACGCUCUUCAAACAGCUACCGAUCCAAGAUAGAAGCUACCCGAAGGCAAAGAGCAGAGACUUGGAGGACAUCGAAACGCGUCAGGGCCUCAAUCAGAGACGUGAACCGUGUGGAGCAGUGAUGGAAAGUUCCACUGUACAAAUUCAUCAAUCCCAGAGGACUCGCUAACAAGCGCGUGCCAUUGUCUUACUUCAACAAUGGGAAAAGCAGUAAAACAAAAAAAAAAACGUCCAAAAGGAAAAGAAAGAAAUGAGAACUGUUUAAGCGGAACUAAGGCGAGGAACGAGAUUAAGCAAUGAGGGCCAGAAAGCAACAAAAUACUGCUACAUUGUCUCUUUUUUUUGCAACAGGAACAUGAUCAAGUGAAUCCCGACCCAGACCACAUCGCGUGCUCCCCAGGCCCAGCCGGCGUCACCGCCGUCCACAGGCGCCAUGUCCACGUCCACAACUACAGACACGUCAGGGAACAUGAUUACAAUUAAACACGAGCGGCAUCAAGGUCACGGGAGGACAGAGGAAGAGUGGAGAAAAGAUGACGUGGCGUGUCGCGAUCCUGCUGGCGGCGGCGGCGGCUCUCGCUGUGGAGUCCUACAUCGUCCAUGACGUCAACGAGCGUUUGGCCCACGGCCGGCAGCUGAAGAUCUACCUGCCUAAGAGUGCGCACAAGCUGGAGUUCACUCCAGCUAACAAUCCCAGUGGGACCCAUGUGUACUGGGAGGAGAAGAAAUUCGUGUCAGACAAGAUGAAGAAAGGUCGGGUGUCAGGGACCGGCAGCGACCGACGCUGGUACAUUGACAAGGUGACCUACAAGGACGAGGGGACCUACACCCAAAAAGACUUCUGGAAUAAAGAAAUCUCAUCUGUCAAAGUAGCCGUCACACUGAGACACAACUAUGCAAAGUGUGUUGCAGGGGACAGUCUCUACGUCCAGUUAGAGGGCAUUAUCCCGACCGACGCGACCCUGUCCUUCACUGGGCAGGCGCACAAUGUCACACUGGUGCGCGAUGGUGCUCUGCUGUCCCAGGACCUGGCCGAUUAUUGGGGCCGGGUGCAGAUCCGCUCCUCGGAUAUCGAGAUCAAAAAUGUCAACUACAGCGACGUGGGACAUUACACCCUCAGAAACCGCGGAUACCGGGUGGUGUCUGUGACCCGGAUGGAUCUGACAGACCGCCGUGAGAGCACUGGAGGAAACCCUCUGCUGGCUCUGCUCCUGCUGCUCGGCAUCCCCGCUGGGAUCUGCUGCUGCUGUCGGAAGAAGAUUUUCAAGAAGAAAGCCGCCACUGCUGAAACGCUCCAGUGCAGCCCAGUCGCCGUGCACCCCCCCCCUGGUGGUCCCGUAGGCCCUUGUCCCCCUUACAACACGCCUGGACAACCUGGAGUGGCUUACUACCACGGACCAGACCCCAACAUGGGUCCUACAUUCCACCCCCCCCCUCCAACCGCUGGCCCAGGACAGUGGAACGGCCCCCCGCCCUCCCCAGGUUUUAACCCAGCGUACCCCCCCCAGAACCCUGCCUACCCUCCUGCUGGUCCGGCUCUCAACCCACAUGCCCAGCCUCCACAGUGGAACGGUCCACCACCCGUUGCCUACCCCACCGGGCCUGUAGCUCCAAUGGGCUACGCUGCAGCUCCAGUCAUGUAUAGCUCUGCACCACCAGCAGCUGCCAGUGGACCUCCUCAGGAGGUUAAGAUGGAGAACAUGGCUUCCUCACCUGCCGACCCACUGCUGACUACAACACAACAGGCUGAAGCUGCAUCCCCUCCUGUGCCCCCCUCCUCCUCCAACGUGCCCAGCUCUGACAACGCCUACGAGUUCAAGAUCGAUGGAAAGAGCUCCACCAACUUCCUGUAGGGCUGCCGACUCCUCAACCUGACGAUAACAAGUGAAUGUCUGCCUCUGGUAGAGGCUCCAGCGACCCGACCAGCUGGCUUGCCGUCACCACAGCUAGUUGGGGGAUCACGGGAGGAGAGGAGACAAACUCUUGUGAAUUAGAAAUGUAUGACGAACGCCCUAGAAAUAGGGCCGGCUCCUCAAACGAAGAAGACGUGUCCUCAUGGCGCAUGAUUGUUUCCCCUCUGAUUCCAACCUUUUUAUUUUUUUUUCAUCUGACGGGCAAGGACAAGCACGCAAUCAAUAAAGAGUCCGGAGAUUUACCUAAAAGGAAACGAACCACAAUAGAGGUUUCGGAGCGCCUUCUUCCACUAUAAAGAACACACUGUAGUACCACCUACUCCAAACCGGGUCAGGACUACACUUCUGCUCCCCUCAGUCGUCAGUCCAGGCUGGUUCUCAAGUUGCCUUAAUUUUUAAAUGUAAUUUACUCAUAUUUCUGUAUAGCUGAUGCUUUGAAUCAGGCUUUAUACCAUCAGUCAACACCCAGCUACAGUGAACUAGCUGCUGACAAAGAGUGUGGCUUUUUGUUGUUAUAUAAAGCCGCAAUCCUCCCACCCCCCCCACCCCCCCCCUCCUCCCACUCUACAUGCCGCUCUCUGCACAUGGUAGAAUACACAAGACAUCUCCAUUAGCUUGGGCCUGAGCCCCAGGUCCGCUGUCCCGGUGCCUUUUGACAAACCGCGACCUGGAUGCGUCGGCAUAGACACACAUGGGGGACAACUUAAUCCAUCGAGGCUUCGACACACGAUAACACAGGACCCACCUCCAGGGGCCUCAAUGUGCUUCAAUGGUGCAUUUUCACCACUGAUUUACUGGCUCCCCCCAACUGGGGUCCUUUGAGCUCUCUACCUUGAUCGCUUUGCCAGGCUGGUCAUUCAGCAUUAGCUCUGCAUUUGGAGACUGAUCUAUCACUACAGUUUGGUCCACCUGGGUUAGCUCUUAAAGACCCAGGUGUGGCCCAGGUAUGAGCAGAAGCCUCAUUUCUGACAUUAGAUAGCAUUCCCACGAGCAGAGCUGUACGUAAUGGAAAACAAUUUAACACAACACCUACCUCUUCUGGGGAGUCUCUGGCUCUUCUUAGGUCAAGACUGUAGGAUUUGCGUUGGUCACUGGCGUGCAUUGUUUGUAGUCAAAUGAAAGCUUUGGUGUGACGCCUGCCUGUUGUAACCACUAACCCGUAGCAAUGCUACCAGUGUAACCACUUUGACUGCCUUUCACGUUGGCCUCAUGCCUCUUUUUAUAGCAAAAAGCGUGUCACUCAUCCAGCUUUCGCCUUUUGUCCCAGAAAUGUUUCAGUUAAACAGGAAAUCGCAGCAUUUCUGCAGAAUGUUUCCUUCCAGACUCAACGGCCAACCGCAAUCAGCCCUGACGUACGCACGGACUUUGAGGCGUGCAGGAACUCUGCGAGGCUUUAGUUCUGUCCCGUUGUCAAAGCGUUGAGUGUUUGAGGGCUCUCUGGUACAGUUCAAUCCCUUCAUAAACCCUUUCCGCAAGUUACUGACUUAGCCCAAUAAAAUUACCCACAAGUCAUUGCAAUAGGACGUCAAAACCAGGAUAACCAGUGAACGCAGGGAGACGUAAAAAAAUCCGAUAAUAUUUAUUCAUGAAAUAUAGAACUCUGUCAUUGAAACGAUUGACAAAAAAAAUUAAAACACUAUUUAAAAUGACCUCAUUUUAUGAGGAAAGCGUCUGAAAGACGUUUAAAUCAGAGAGUAAGAAAUAAAUACCCUCAAUUGUAAGUCCGAUUUUUUGACGUUGUGACGUCACACACUCUCACACCCAACCACGUACCAGGAGACGCCAGUUAAGUCUCAGAGGGGUCAGGGUUUAGGGGUCAGGGUUUAGGGUUUAGGGGGGGACAUUGGGCCCAAUUGAACUGUGAGAGAAGACCAAAACUUUUCUUCACAGAAUAUUUCUCUUUCACUUUGUUUAUGAAGGUGUGUAAAUACACUUCUAAAUACUGAAAGUCUUGCAUGAUAUCUAAGCAAAUUGGGUUUUCUUUUAAAUAUUAAACUGGGAAAAACUAAUUCUGAAAGUCUGUUUUUAAAACGUUUAGUUUUGCCUUUUUUGUGUCCUAGAUCUGAUGUUCCUCGCAUGUAGCAAUGUUGAGAUACAUUGUUAUUCACAUAAUGUUAAAAAUGUGAUUUGUGUGUUCAGUUUUGUUUUUGUAUAUGUAACCAAUGCUAUUUGCUAAGUGUAGAUUUGUUGAUUGUUGUGGGUGUUUCAGGUGGAGACCACUAUUGUUGUACUUUAGUUCCAUCCAUCUCUGGGUUAUAUGCCAAUGAAGCUUGUUUGCAUACCUCUCAUUUUAUACCUGCAAUGAUGAUCGUAUACUUAUUGUAUUUAGAUGUGUAACUCUUUUGUAUAACUACCCAAAGAUAUAAUCAUUAAAACGAUUUCACAGGAGUGAUACUCUGCACGCGGAUGAAA